AUGGCCCACCUCCUCUGUCGCCUGCUUCUCGGCAGCCCUGGAGGCGCUCAGUUCUUGUUCAAGUUUGGACUGGGCUCGUUCUGCCCGGACUGCCCGACUGUCGAGCCUCGCGAGGAGUCGAAGAUAUUUUUUCAUCUAGCCAGUCAGAACAUGAAUCAGCAAACAACAUCGUCUAUGUAG